AUGCGUCUCGCCGUCCUCUUCCUCAUUCCAGCUGCGGCUCGACCACUGUAUGACCUCGACCCGCGAGACGUUAACCCCACCCCUGUGGUGGACGAGUCACAACAUCCUCUCGCACCAGACGCCAUCACAGUGUUCAGCGUGAGCAUGUCGGACAACCGGGCGUGCUCCGGCUCGCAAAUGCUCUUUGGCGCAUACAACACCAGCAGUACCGGAUGUCUUGGGACGCGCGGCCCCGGUUUCGGAAGCAUGCGCGUCCUCCUCGCCGACAACCAGCACCGAGCGUGUCGCGCCCGCAUCUACGCAACGGCCAACUGUGACAAGGAAAUUGGGGUGGCAGAUGUCGAUGAGGAGGGGGUCUGCGUGUAUUCGGGUAUGGGGCAGGUCGCUGCUGGUUGGAAAAUCGAGUGCAAAGCUGCUUAG